AUGCUAGAUGGCAGCACUCACGUCUGUAAAACGGAGCAGUGCGGCGGUGGCGUGGGUCGCAAUAUUGCGGAAGCGCUGUGGCGUCUACGAGACGGGCGCACCAAGCUACUAACUGCUAUAGGGGACGACGCAGACGGCCGCUUCUUACACAACAUCGCUCCAGGAUUGAUUCUUGACGGAUGCUACACGAAGGAAUCACGCACCGCGACGUACGCAGCAGUGUUUGACAAGAGAGGGGAGUGUCUACUUGGUCUUGGAGACAUGGACAUCCACAAUCACAUCACGCCAGAUUUAGUGAACAGACAUAUCGACUUACUUAAAAGAGCACCAUUGGUAGUGAUCGAUGGCAAUAACCACAUUUUGGAUCUUUGUCAGCGAUACGAAAAACAAGGUCAGAUAACUUAG